UCGUUGUCUGCACUCUGCCUCGCACGUCAUCAGAACUGCUGUAAGCGGCGUUUUGUCAGCCGUGUGUCAGAGCAGAGGCGUCUGCCCUCUUUUCCUCUCUGACUUCUGAGUCUGUUUCCUGUAGAGCCGGCAGUCGCUCUGCACAACAACAUGGCUAUAAGCAGAAAAGACAGCUUCCUCUGGGGCAAAGCUCCGCCGCGACCGCUGGCUGAGAGGAGGCAGAGCGACAGGAGCUACAAAUCCGAGCUCGUCGAUGACAUUCAGAAGCUAAAACUGGAGAUGCACAACGGCACGCCUGAUUGCAGCAACCCUGACCUGAAGCGCCACAGCAAAAGUGUGAGGAACAGGAAAUUUGUGCGAGGGAAAAAGAAGUUCAACAUGGACCCAAAAGUGGGCGUGCGUUACCUGAUUGAACACGGCUUCCUUGAAUGGCGAGCAGAGUCGGUGGCAGAGUUUCUCUACAAGGAGGAGGGCCUGAAUAAGACCGCCAUAGGCAUCUUCCUGGGAGAAAGGGAGGAUAUGCAUCUACAAACUUUGAAAGUCUUUGUGGGCCUGCAUGAGUUCUCCGACUUGAAUCUAGUCCAGGCGCUGAGGCAGUUUCUGUGGAGUUUUCGCCUCCCAGGCGAAGCCCAGAAGAUUGACAGGAUGAUGGAGGCAUUUGCAACUCGCUACUGUGACUGUAACCCAGGGGUGUUCCAAUCCACGGACACCUGCUACAUCCUGUCUUUUGCCAUCAUCAUGCUCAACACCAGUCUGCACAACCCCAACGUGAAAGACAAGCCGAGCCUGCAGCGGUUCGUCUCCAUGAACAGAGGCAUCAACAACGGCGAGGACCUGCCCACCGAGCUGCUCACGAAACUGUACGCAAGCAUCCGCAGCGAGCCUUUCAAAAUCCCAGAGGACGACGGGAACGACCUCACUCUCACCUUCUUCAAUCCGGACCGAGAGGGCUGGCUCCUGAAAAUGGGCGGCCGAGUCAAAACGUGGAAGAGACGAUGGUUCAUUCUGACAGAUAGCUGCCUGUACUACUUCCAGUACACCACAGAUAAAGACCCGAUCGGCAUCAUCCCUCUGGAGAACCUUUGUGUCAGGAAGCUGCAAGAUGCAAGCAAACCGUACUGUCUGGAGUUGUAUAACCCCAAAGGACAGAAGAUUAAGGCCUGCAAGACGGAGAACAAAGGCAGAGUGGUGCAGGGAAAACACCAGUCGUAUAAGCUGAACGCAGCCAGCGUGGAAGAAAGGGACGACUGGAUAGACGCCAUCAGGGCGAGCAUCACCAAGGAUCCGUUUUACGACCUGGUCUGGAUGCGGAAGAGGAAGGUCAUCAGCAACACUUCCUCGUAGGAGUGAAACUGCAGACAGCAGAGGAUCCUCAAGCAUCACAACCACCCAAGGCUGCUCCGACAAGAAAACAUGCAAAGUUUCACGGAAAUGAGCUAAUUUGGACGUCGCACUUGAAGUGGCAAAGAGGAACAGUGAACUAUGCGACUUGCAGUGUUAAAGGUUUCAUAUCGCUUCUGCAAACUGCAAGCAUUGCUGCUCUGGCUUCAAAAAAUGACGAUUCUUGGAAGAAGGGCAGAAGUACAGUUAAGGACUCAACAGCAAUUAGUAGUGCUUCAUUCAACUUGUUUCACAAAGAGAUUAAUGAUGAAGCAACUGACACAAAGCAAAGACAAGGAUAUAAAAACAGAGAAUGCAGAGCAACCAAAAAUAGAAGCUAAAUUACCAAAGAGGCAUAAAAAGAUAAAAGCAGGCAUAAUAAACUAUGUAAAACGUGCAAUGGGACCAAAGAAGAGUCAAGAAAGCAUGCAGAAUUUUCCCUCUAAAAAGAAAGAGAUGCACAACGUUUUGCAAAGUUACCUGUGAAGGACACGCAGAAUGACCACAAAGGGAUUAUUGAGGCACAUUAUCUGCAGAGAAACAGACACAAGAAACCACAAGAAACAGAUAGAGAGACAGAGGAGAAAAAAAAGGUGAAAUAAAAAGACCACACCGACAAAAAAGAUGGCAGACAAAUAACUGUUGUGAAGAUAGACAAUUACAGCAGGAUAAUUUAAAAACUCAGCAUUAACAACAAACAACAACCUAUGAAACCGUCUGCAGGAGGAUAAAAUGUCUAGAAAACAAUAGGAAAAAACCCACAGUUACAACAAACAAAGUAGUUCAGGGGGAAAAGCAUGAACACAGAAAUAUAAUGACCACGAAGGAAACAUCAAAACAUCUCAAAGAGCCUCAAAAUAACAGGAAUAUUUGGGCAAAAGGGAGCUCCAUUUACUCUGCACAUGGCUGCAAUGACACAAACACAGAGGGUGUCAUUUUGUUCAUGGGUGUAAAAAGAAACACGACUGAUUUAUUCAGCCGUGGAAAAAUUAUGUAGCAUUUUCUCUCUUUUGUGUAAACGUAGGAAAAACAAAAGAUUUAAUAAUAAUAACUUUAAAAAGCUGAAAAAGAUAGAAUUAUCUUCUUUAAUUUAUGGAUCUUUCAAACUGUACAGUUUAUUUUAUUUGUGAUAUUUUCAUGUUAAAUAUGUAAUUUAAUGACUUUAUAACCACACGAUCAAUUCUGCAGAAUAAAGUUUUGUUUCGCUCAAAGCGUGCGUUGCUCGUUUCGUCCACCAGAUGGCGCCACAUCACCUCCUCUGUGUGGAACCGGCGCUCAAACGGAAACGUUCACUUCCACGGAAGUUUACCAGAUAAGAGGGGUUUUUACCGGAAUAAUGAUCUGAGUGAA